AUGAGUGAAAAAAACUCUGAGAUAGUAGCAGUUGGGCACUCUUCAGGUGGUGCAGAAUUGCUAGUUUUACUUGCUUCAGCACCACGUUACAAUCAUAUGUUAAAAUUAUGUGUCCUUUUAGCACCACUUGCAUUUGUGUCGAAUGCACAAGGAUCUUUGAAGUAUGUGCAUUAUUUGGACGGUAAGAAAAAUUCCGCUGUACUGAGCAAAGCCAGAAAUAGAGAAUUUGUCCCAAAAGGUCCAGCUUAUGAGCAAGUAAUGAGGAUAUUUUGUAAUAAUAACAGUAACAUGUUCACAUGUUUGCGGUACGGUGGAAAGCACGUAAUGAAAGAAGAUUUUACUUCAACUAUUUUAGAUGCUACAUCUUCGGGAGGAUCAGAGAAAUUUCUUAUUCACUAUUUUCAAAUGAUGAAAAGCGGGCAUUUCAGAAAAUUUGAUUUUGGAAGCGCAGAAAAUUUAAGGAAAUAUGGGCAGCAGCGUCCACCUGGGUACAAUUUGAAGGAUGUCACCACUUCGAUUGUGGUCGUCUCUUCAUCAGAAGACUUCCUGUCGGCACCAGAUGAUGUGUCUCUACUACUCAGUAAAUUAUCUAAUGUUAUUGAUCAUACAAUUAUAACAAAGAAAGAGUUCUCCCACAUACAUUUUCUUUUCGAUGCGUAUGCAGCUCAACUAGUUUUUGAUAAAAUAAAUCAAUUUUUAGACUAA